GUUUCCUUUCUCUUCUCUUUUUUAUAUUCUGGAGUUUGUGCUGAAAAAUAAGCUUGUUCAUAUUUUAUUUGUUCUUUCAUUUUGCCAUGCCAUUGUCUGAUCGCAUUCGCAGGCUGGCACACCGCUUCUCUGGUAAAGAGCCCACAGAUACUACCGUCAUCAACUUUCAGUCACCAUCAGUACCGCCGCUUCCACCGCGUGCUUUACCACAACCACUUCCGACAUAUCAACAACAACAACAGCAACAACAGCAGCCUUCUUUAAAGCUACCCCGACAACAGGCACAGUCGAGUCGUGGUUGCAACUUACCAUGGUCGACUGCCGAUCCACAGUCAGUUCUGAACGACCGAAUCGCCGCCAAUUCUUUUAAAGUGAGCAAGGACCUGAUCGACCCAUGGUUAAUCUCGCAGCCAGUGCCGACCAACACCUGGUGGCAGAAUCUGCUGAUUGAAAACGGAGACCAGCCGGUAGUAACAACACCUUACAUGGUGCGCUGCAUUGAUAGCGCCAUGACAGUGUGCGCGCCAACGCCGCUGGUCCAGGAGAACUAUGUGGCAUCGAUAUGGCACGACGACUGGAAGCUUGUGCUGACGGGCUGCCAGCGCCGGGUUUCUCACUUUGACCCAUUGUCAGUGACUGUCGCUUACUAUCAAAAUAAAACGCAAGUGGCCACAGUGCCACUGGUCCGUGGGUCGGCAUUUGUAACCGUGGUGUUUGACGUGCCUACAGUGCUGUGCUUAACGACUGUGCACGCGAUUCUGAGCGCAGAUGCCUGCAAUGGGCUGGGUACGGCUAUUAUAAGGUUGAACAGCGGAGCGACCUGGCUGGUAUGUUGCGAGGGUGGUGUUGAGCUCAAACAGAGCGCUGUAUCCGAGCUGGUGUCCUGUGCACCCGUGCAGGGUGCAGUGCGCCUGGCAAUGGUCAGCAAUGGCAACAGCAACGUCAAUUUGAGUGGCAAUGCCGUUGAUGAGCAGGCCGCGGUCAAAGCAUUACUUUCUGCCCGAAAUGCUGUACCAGUCGGCGGUAAUGUGAGUAUUGGCUCGGAUACCGACGGUGAGGCGACAUUUACAAUUGACUGGGCGACUAGGGGCAACAGCGGGCAUCCGCUGAUGUGUGCGCUGCCGCACCAUCAAAUGGUGUUGAACGCGGCAGAGGGCACCGAAUUGACUUGGGUCGACAGUGUUGCUGCUCAUUGGACCAGCCGCGGCCGCGUUCGCGCAGUGCUGGGAUCGCGGUGGCAAUGGGCCGAAACACUCGAGCCGCUCGGCUUUUCAGGACAGUCGCCGCUGAACGAUGCAGAUACAGCGCACCUGUGCACACUGGUUGCCGCCGACGCGCAGUCGCUCACAGACAGCCCUGCUACACUGCCGCCAGAUCCGUACUUUUUUGGCAAGGCUGUGGCGCGAGCAGCGCGCAUUGCACUGAUUGCAGACGAGAUUGGCGACGCUGCCAGCUGCGACUUGGCGGCCAGCCGCGCAAUGCAGUGGCUCGAUCCCUGGCUCAAUGGUACAAACCCCAACUAUCUGCUGUUUGACACCGAGUGGUGCGGGCUGGUCAGCCAAGCAGGGCUAUCAGAUCCGGGCGCUGACUUUGGGCAGGGCCGCUACAACGACCACCACUUUCACUACGGCUACUUUGUCUACGCAGCCGCCGCACUUGCCAAGCUGCGCCCCAACUGGGUUAAACCACGGAUCGACGCAUUCGAUCUGUUUGCUCGCGACUACUGCAACACUGCCCCGACAUCCGACGCGCACUUUCCGUUUAUGCGCUGCUUUGACUUUUACGACGGCCACUCGUGGGCCAGCGGGCUGUUUGCGUUUGCCGACUCGCGCAACCAAGAGUCAACGUCCGAGGCCAUUAACGCUUACUACGCCGCGUACCUCUACGCCGCUGCCACUGGGCGCCCCGAGAUCGCUCAGUAUGUGCGGGCAGUGCUGCAGCUCGAGGUGAGGGCGGCGCGCACGUACUGGCACCUGGGCGAUCUGACCAGCAGUAUUUACCCAGAAGAGUACGCUCGCGGCAAGGCCGUGGUCGGCAUUUUGUGGUCGAGCAAGGCAGACUUUGCCACGUUUUUUGGCAGCAAUCCAGAGUUUGUCUAUGGCAUCCAAUUUCUGCCGUACACACCGGUGUCAGCGCUGCUGCUCAAGCGUCAGUGGGUUGCUGAUAUCUGGCCAAAGUUUCUUUGCGAAGUUGCCGAGCGCUCGCAGUCAGAGCCGUGGCGCGAGAUCAUUCAUUUGGCGUAUGCUGUCGUCAACAAGAAGCAGACUGCGCACUGGAACAAAGAUAUUUCCAGCCAUGAUGACGGCAACUCUGCGUCCAACUCUUACUACUGGAUAGCCACAGCUGCCGAAUGAUACUGGUCAAAUUAGUUUGAUAAUGGUUGUUUUGUUGUUUGAAUGAUAAUUUAGAUGAUUGGAAAAAAU